CCAUGUGAGUUGGUCCUGAGGGAAGCACCAUCCCUGCCUUGGGGAUAUAAGAGAAGCUCCCCACUGUGGGUAGACUCAGGACCCACAUAGAGUGGGCAUCAUUGUGUGCAGCUGGGACCACAGGUGCAGAAAUCUGGUCAAUUGUCUUGUUGAGUGUCAACAUCUGGAAUUCCCUACAUGGUCAUUAAUUUCCAUCACUUCUUGAAGUUGCAGCUCUUUGCUGACAAAGAGGACUAACAAGCCAAGAUGAAUUGGAAUAAAGGUGAUCCAGAGCCAGGGGAUCAGUGACUCCCUGGGCCAUAUCUCCUCCUGGCAGCUGCUUCUAGAGCUGAAGGGAAGGAAGCAGAAACAGGCUUGUGGGGUUAUAGCUGCCUGGGAUCCUGGGAAGACUUCAGGCUGUCUUCAGGAGGGUGACUGCUGACGACACGUCGGCUUCUCACCUUUCCUAGUUCCUUGAGAAUCAUAUUUACUGAAGAGAAUCUCCUCAGACAGACACCCUCCCUGCACAAUGGCCUUUGCAGCCUCCCUGGCUGACCUCCAAGAAGAGGCCAGUUGCCCCGUCUGCCUGGAUUACCUGACAGACCCAGUGACCAUUCACUGUGGGCACAACUUCUGUCUCUUCUGCAUCCACCAGUGCUGGGAAGACCUACAGGACAUUUUCCCCUGUCCCGUCUGCCUCCACCACUGCCCUGACAGGAGCUUCAAGAAGAACCCCCAGUUAUGUCACCUGACUGACAUUGUUAAGCAGCUUCCCACCACAAGCAGCAAGAGGAAAGGGCAGGAAGAGAAACCCCUGUGUGAGAAGCACAAUCAGGUUCUGGCCCUGUUCUGUGAGGAGGACAUGGAGCUGUUGUGUCCCCAGUGCAGGGUCUCCUCUGACCACCGGGAUCACCCCCAGACACCCACUGAACAAGCUGCAGCUAGUCACAGGAGGAAGCUCAGAAGCUACAUCAAGCCCCUGAGGAAGCAGAUUGAAGACGCUGAAUUGGGGCGUGAAAUCCAAGUUUCAAAAUCUCUCACUGAAGUUCAGUGGAAGAUGAAAAAAUGGAGGAGAGAGUUACACUCUGAAUUUGAAGAACUUAACGAUUUCCUGAGAAAGGAGCAAGUUGCAAUUCAUGGCAGGCUGCUUAUGCAAGAGAAGGAUGUUGAAGAAAAACUAACCCAAUACAUAAGCCAAAUUUCAAACCACAUGUCCAGGCUACAAAAUCUGUUAAGUGAAAUAACAGAGAAAUGUUCCCAAGGAGACCUGGAGUUCCUGACAGGCAUUGAAAGUAUCCACAACAGGUAUGAACACCUAAAAUGCCCAGCCGUCUUUUCAUAUGAAUUAAGGAAAGAGAGUUGCAAUUUUCCUCCACAUUAUUUUGGCCUGCAAAACAUGAUGAGCACGUUUCAGGUAGAUUUGACGUUAGAUCCUGAAACUGCCCAUCCCAAUCUUAUUAUCUCAAAAGAUAGAAAAAGUGUGAUAUAUAGAACAACAGAAGCAAACUGUCUUGACCAUCAUGAAGCAUUUACUUCUUACCCAGCUGUCCUGAGUUGUGAGGGAUUUGGUGCUGGCAGGCAUUUCUGGCAGGUAGAAUUAAGAGGCACAGGUGAAUGGUCCUUAGGUGUGUGUAGAAAUUUUCCCAGCAACGCUCUCAUUCCACCACGCCCAAAGGAUGGAUGGGGGCAAUUUCAGCGGUGCACUAGGACGUGGGGUACAGGGCACACAGGGCAAGCCAUGCGGAUAGGUGUCUUUCUGGAUUAUGAGUUGGGAGAAGUUUCAUAUUAUAAUUGGAAUAGCAGGUCAUAUUUGUAUACACUCACUGAUACAUUUACAGGAAAACUUAUGCCUUAUUUCUCUAUUGGGCCUUCUUCAAAAUCGCUUACAAUCAGUAUGGUCCUAGACGAACGAUGAACUACCUGAAGGACCUUUCUGCAUGUGGUUCUAUUUUCUUCCUGUGUUCUUGGAGGGUGUUGUAAUAAAGAUUUUGAGUCCAUUUUUGAUGCUUGACUGCGGAACACUUUUAGGACUCAUCAUUCUCUCUUCCCCUUUUCCUCACACCUGGCAAAGCUGAUGAGAAAGCGUGGGUGCUCCAUCCUCUGGUGCAGGUGGGAAGGUCAAACCCAGCAAGCCCCUAGGAGUGCCAGAAGCCUCACAGCAGCCCCACCCAGCAACCAGCACAAACACCUCAAGCUAGUCUCCCUUCCCUGGGCCCUCAAGUCAUUUUGGCCCCACUCUGAGAGCCAUAAAACUCAUUAUUUGAGUGAUAAACCUUUUCAUAUCCUUCUGGAGUGUGUGGCAUCAUCAGUUUCGACAUUUGUAUCAAAUUUGGGAUGGGGUCCACCCUGGCUAGGCAAGCUGGUCCCGACAACUGGCAUUGUGCAGAGGAUUAUUCAGUGUGCAGCACCAGCACCAGGGCCUUCUCCUCUGGCUGUGGCUUGUAAUGGCUCUGCUGCCCAAGGCCAGUGUGCACCUUCAGCUGUGCUGCCUUGUGCUGCAUUUGCGGAGCUCUGCUGAGGCUCUGUUCUAGAUGUAAUUGUCCUACGUCAGAGGCUUUCAUCAUUAUUGGCCUUCAGGGAUAAAAGCAUGGAUGGAGCUCCUCUUGAAUGUGGUUCUGGGUCAUGUGUCUCAGUCCCGACCUCCCUAUAUGUCUUAGAAUGAA